GACUCGACGGCCAUUGUCAUCUCUAAAAAAAAGCGAAAAUCAUCUUGCUUGCGGGAUCUGCGAAAACCAAUUUAGCUAAAAAACAAACGAACAAUGGCCACCGUGGAAGCCCUCUACAAGGAACUGACCGCCGAGUGGGCGAAGCGGCCACCGAACACCGUUAAGUGCGGCCAGCUGCUGGAUCAAUUGAAAGUGGCCCUGGUGAAGAUGGCCUUUCUGCCCACGGACGGAAACGACGCCCAGAGCUCCAAGAAGCAACUUAUCCUGGCCAGAAGCGUGCUCGAGGUGGCCGUGGAGCACAGCGUGCUCAGCAAGGACCUGCUCGCCUUCGAGCGCUACAUGGCGCAGCUGAAGUGCUACUACUACGACUAUGCCAAGAUCAUUGGCGAAUCGGAAAGCAAGUACAAGCUGCUUGGGCUCAAUCUGCUGUACCUGCUGUCGGGCAAUCGGGUCUCUGACUUUCACACGGAACUGGAGCUGCUCUCCGUGGAUGUCAUCCAGCACAACCAGUUCAUCCGGCCGAUCCUGGCACUCGAGCAGUACAUCAUGGAGGGCCGCUACAACAAGAUAUUCCAGGCCAAGUCGACGGUGCCCGCCGAGGUUUAUAGCUACUUCAUGGACCUGCUGGUGGAGACGGUGCGCGACGAGAUCGGGGCCUGCAUCGAGAAGUCCUAUGACAAGAUCUCCGCCAAGGAUGCGGCCAAACGGCUCAACCUGCGCGUCCCCGACGAGAUCAAGGCCUUUGGCGAGAAGCGCCAAUGGAAGCUGGAGGCCAGCGGCGACUACAGCUUUACCGACCGCAGCGUCAAGCCCAAGGAGCUGCUGCCCUCCGAGGAACUGGCCGAGCAGGUGCUCAGCUACGCCCGCGACCUCGAGAUGAUAGUCUAAGUAUAAUAUCGCCAGAGUAAGGUUAAGAAAACAGUUAUAAAGCGUUGGAUACCACAAUUUUGUAUGAUACCACGUAUCUAAUUAAAAAAUAAAGUAAAACUAGCUUCUCUGUAAAUCGCA